AUGUCCUCAGGUUUCCCCAGAUAUUCCCAGGUGUUUCCCAAUAUCGUCAAAUGUCCCCAAAUAUUCCCAGGUGUCCCCAUAUGUUCCCAGGUGUCCCCGUGUCCCCGUAUGUUCCCAGAUGUCCCCAUAUGUUCCCAGGUGUCCCCAUAUGUUCCUAGGUGUCCCCGUGUCCCCUGCAUGUUCCAGGUGUCCCCUGCAUGUUCCCAGGUGUCCCUGCAUGUUCCCAGGUGUCCCCAUGUUCCCCAGGUGUCCCUGCAUGCCCCAGUGUCCCUGCAUGUUCCCAGGUGUCCCCGUGUCCCCAUAUGUUCCCAGGUGUCCCCGUGUCCCCACGUAACUCCCAGUGACCUAAAACCUUUUCCCACAGCCACCAUGGACCACGUGAGGGGCGGUGCGUGCGGUGGUCAGUGUCGCCCGGGGUCACGGCGGGUCGGGGGGUCACAUGAGGACUGUCACAAGUAG